ACCCUCCAGAACCAGGUUUCUCUAAUACUCCCCACCCCCAACCCCGUUUAGGCCUCAGGCAGCAGUAAGCCGGUGUGGGAGACAGUAGAUUCCAAAAUGAACCUGUAUCCUUGAGGCCCUUGUAGACCAACUCUGCCCCUCGUCUUGCCCCGAGGCACUGCGGGCUUGGCAGUCUAGCCCGCCUUUCGAUCGACCCUGGCCACUCUUGUAACCUUUCAGGAGCAUCCUUAGAGGUUGAUGGCAAUUGCAUCUUUUCUUCCGUGGGUGGGAAGGGACCAGGAGGUAGCCUUAAGGCUAAGUAUGACCCGCCCAUCCGCGGCACCAAUCCCCAGGGCAGCCCAGAUUGUGGCUGAGUCAUGUCUGUAGAGCCUCCCCAGGUCUGUCCUUGGAGUGGAGGGCUGCAGGACAGAUUUUGGGGAUGCCCCCAAAAGGAUUGCCUUGGGUUCCUGUUGUUCAGGGUUGGAGGGCUGGGGUCCAUUCUGCAAUCACCUGCACUGCAGAGGCUUGCUGGUGCUUCUUUCCUCCAAGGGUGUUAAACCCAAACGACAGCAAGAGUGGAAAGUCACAGACAGGACUGUACAGUGGAGAAGGGAAAUGACAGAGGUUCCAGGAGGUUGCAGCAACCUGAGAGGCUGAUUGGUGUACAGUCUCGGAAGCAGGAUCCGCUUUAGGGCCAUGAAACAAGGCUGCAUUUUGAGCAGAUAAUUAACACAGAUUGGAGGUUAGCUCCAGACCCUCCCAUUGCCUCUAGUAUGGAAGGUUUGAAUGAGCUCAUAGUGGCAACCUGGAGGAUAGCAAGCACAACAGUGUUGGGUGUUGGAAGAGUCUGUCUCGGUUGUAGGAAGGAGGAAUAAAGCUUUGAAAGUGCCAGGGAGAAGAGCAGUCUUAGGCAGAAGGAGAGUUUUAAGGUAGGAAGAGGAGGAGCCUUCAAGGUGCAGCCUGUCUGUAGAUACUGAAGAAUAGAGCUUGGUAGGGGAAGAAAACCAGGCUUGUCUGUUAAAAUAUUUGGAAGUGCUGCACUGACGGAGACUGCUCUACCACUAUGGCACAGAUGGACUAGGGCUAAGGAACCUGAGUUAUAUCUCUGAGUGUCCUUCCAGGAACUGGGCCAUAUUUUUUUUUUUCUCUAGUAGUUUGCUCCGUGACCUGAUGUGGUUACCAUGAGGUCUGGAGGUCACCACAGAUGCAGGGUGAGAAACCACCCGAUCUUUGAGGAGAGCACUGUUAAGCUGUUUGCUGUUUGCCUCAAUUUCUUUCCUAGUGAUGUACGGCCAUGUGCGCAGUGCUCUGGUCUUCUCAAGGAGGGAGCCAUGGAUUUGCUGCGGGAGCUGAAGGGCAUGCCUGUUACAUUACACCUGCUCCAGUCCACUCGUGUUGGGAUGUCUGUCAAUGCCCUGCGGAAGCAGAGCUCGGAUGAGGAGCUCAUUGCGCUGGCCAAGUCCCUCAUCAAGUCCUGGAAGAAGCUCUUGGAUGUUUCUGAUGGCAAGACCAGGGAUCAAGGGAAGGGCACGCCUCUGCCCACAUCGUCCUCAAAGGAUGCCUCAGGGACUGCGGAUCUCAGCUGCAAGAAGCCAGACCCACCUAGGACCUCAUCCACUCCGAGGAUCACCACAUUUCCCCCCGUACCCAUUACCUGCGAUGCUGUACGAAACAAAUGCCGUGAAAUGCUGACUUUGGCCCUGCAAACGGACCAUGACCAUGAGGCCGUCGGUGUAGACUGUGAGCAUCUGUCAGCUCAGAUCGAGGAGUGCAUCUUCCUGGAUGUGGGAAACACAGACAUGAAGUACAAGAACCGUGUGCGGAGCCGAAUCUCCAACCUGAAAGAUGCCAAGAACCCUGGCCUGCGGCGGAAUGUGCUGUGUGGUGCCAUUACACCCCAGCAGAUAGCCGUGAUGACAUCAGAGGAGAUGGCCAGUGAUGAGCUGAAGGAGAUCCGUAAGGCCAUGACCAAGGAGGCCAUCCGUGAGCAUCAGAUGGCCCGUACAGGCGGCACACAGACCGACCUGUUCACCUGCAGCAAGUGCAGGAAGAAGAACUGCACCUACACGCAGGUGCAGACUCGCAGCUCGGAUGAGCCCAUGACCACUUAUGUUGUCUGCAACGAGUGUGGGAACCGCUGGAAGUUCUGCUGAACCCUUGUACGUACUGAUGUGUUGUAGUCCUGGCCAUGGCUAGCAUUGCCCCCUCCUGCAAUAUUCUUGGACACAGCUUCUCUGGAGAUCCCCAGAAGGUGGCAUGCCCUGUCCCAGCCUGCCUGCCUGGUGUGCACCUUUCUGCCCUUUGUCCCUCAUUAUUAAAUGUUUUCUUUUGC